AUGGUUUUCGAAUUUUUAUUCUACAAUUAGCAACACAAGACCCGUAAUGGUUACUUCAUCAACCAUGACAAUCUUAUGUUAGCCUCUCUUGAAGAAAGAAAGAAAUUGAUUUUCUACUUCAUUGCUAACUAGGUACCUGAAAAGUUAGACCCCGUUGAUAGAGUUAAAUUUAAUGAAGAACUUUCUGAUAAUCUUAGCACUAAGGCUAGAUUAAUUGGUAGUUUGACUGGUUUGAUCGGUUUAGUCGGUUUCCCAUAUAUUUCAACUAGAAUCUAUUCUAGACCUGUCUUGAACAUUGGCUUAUCCCUUCUUAUCUGCCCAUUCCUUUACUACGUUGGCAACUAAUUAACUUACUCUGUUUGGGAACCUAAAUUUAUUGCUAAUAACAAUACAGUUUGUGAAUUAUCUAAAAAAUAUAACUUCACUGUUUUCGAUUUCGCCUAAGCUAAGAAGGAAGCUCACCUUAAGGCUCUUAGAACUGAAUUAGUCUCUGAUAACCUUCUCUACUCACCUGGUAUUUGA